UAGAGACGACUCCGCCGGCUGCACCAUGAACGUGAUCUACCCGCUGGCGGUACCCAAGGGGCGCCGGCUCUGCUGUGAGGUGUGCGAAGCCCCGGCCGAGCGGAUGUGCACGGCCUGUACAGUCACCUAUUACUGUGGGCCUGUGCAUCAGAAGGCUGAUUGGGCCAGCAUCCAUGAGAAGAUAUGCCAGCUGCUAAUUCCUCUGCGCACCACGAUGCCCUUCUACAACUCAGAGGAAGAAAGGCAGCAUAGUCUGCAGCAGCUGCAGAAGCGACAGAAGCACUUGAUUGAAUUCUGCUACACUGUCGCCCAGAAGUAUCUUUUUGAAGGAAGACAUGAAGACGCUGUUCCUGCGGCUCUGCACUCCCUUCGAUUCCGCAUGAACAUGCACGGCCUGAGCUCAGUAGAGCUUGUGCCUGCUUACCUGCUCCUGGCUGAGGCCAGCCUUGGUCUGGGCCGGAUAGUGCAGGCUGAAGAAUAUCUAUCCCAAGCCCGGUGGACAGUCCUCAAGUCAACUGACUGUAGUAAUGCAACUCAUUCUUUACUGCACCGGAACCUGGGCCUUCUCUACAUGGCCAAGGAGAACCACGAGGAAGCCCGGUACCAUCUGGCUAAUGAUAUUUAUUUUGCCAGUUGUGCAUUCGGAACAGAAGACAUCAGGACCUCAGGAGGCUACUUCCACCUGGCCAAUGUCUUCCAUGGUCUUAAGAAAAUGGAGCUGGCAGACACAUUGUACACAAAGGUCUCGGAGAUCUGGUACGCCUAUUUGAAUAAUCACUAUCAAGUCCUCUUACAGGCCCGUUCCCAACAAACAGACUUACUGGGCAAGCAGUUUGUGAAUGACACCGGUCUGGAUGAAGCCCAGGAGGCAGAAGCCAUUCAGAUCCUAACUUCAAUUCUGAGCAUUCGAGAAUCUACCUCCGACAAAGCACCCCAAAAAACGGUCUUUGUUCUAAAGACCCUGAGCAUGCUUUACUUUCUGAUGUUGGAGUGUUCAAAGGCCAAGGAAUAUGCCUCUAGAGCCCUCAGUCUAGCCGAAGAGCAUCUUAGCGUGCAGGAGCAAAAGGUUAUUCAAGAGUUACUGGAUAUCAUCUCCACCGAGGAGGAGCAGCCCAUCACCUAGGGAGGAGGUGCUGGUGGUGCCCUGGGGGCUGAGGACUGACUGUUGCACUCCUCAGAGAUGCUCAGAGGUCCUCUGGUCUGCUUCCACUCCUUCACUGGGACUUCCUGGGGGACUGCGACCCUAUUAGCAUGUGAUGUGUAGAGCUCUGGGCACAGCAGUCAAUAAAGCUGUUGUUUAUCAUGGCCUUGCCCUUGGCUAAUCUGUGGCUUUGGGUGAUGUGUAGUUACAUCCUCAGAUGGUGUUGUGAUUAAACUGUAAAGAGUUCAUCAUGUUCACUGCAAGCCUCCCCGCUCCUCCACGAUGUGUGUGCUUCCUAGUUCUUCACCAAGUGAGGGGAUGGGGGAUAGAUUAUAUUGGAGCAGAGUUUCUC